CAUUAAUAUCAACCCUGCAUGCUGUGUGCGUCCGUUCAGAUAUUGACUAGUAGUAGACGGAGCUGGGUGAUGGUCCAUUGGGCGUAGAUGUCUAUCGUGAACAGGAUCGAGCCUACUGCAUCGUGCGAGUGCCGUGUUUCCAACAUGUCAUCCGAUGCCGAAUUCCCCGCCGUGGUGGAACUCAACGUUGGCGGGCAGCUGUACACCACAGCCCUGUCCACCCUGACCCAGCAAGGGGACUCCCUGCUGACCCAAAUGUUCACCGGUCGAGCAAGGGGGCCACUGCAGAGAGAUUCACGGGGCCGGUACUUCAUAGACCGCGACGGCUCGCUCUUCAAGUACAUACUGGAUUACCUGCGCAAUCAAAAACUGGUGCUACCGGAGAGCUUCUGCGAGCGAGGUAGACUGCGGCAAGAGGCAGAAUACUACCGGCUUCCACGCCUGGCCAGUGCACUGUCAGAGACCGCCCAAGCCGACAGUACAGCCGACAAUGUCGGUAACUCCGUCAGCGGAGACAGGUCGGAUUCUCCCGGAUUCCUGACCAUCGGCUACCGGGGGACCUUCGCCUUCGGGCGCGACGGACUCGCCGACGUCAAGUUCCGCAAGAUCCAGAGAAUUCUGGUCUGCGGCCGCGUGGCCCUGGCCAGGGAGGUGUUUGGGGACUCUCUGAACGAGACCCGCGAUCCGGACCGCGGCAUGAGCUCUCGGUACAGUGCCAGAUUCUAUCUGAAACACGUCUACCUGGAACAAGCUUUCGAUCUGCUUGCCACCCGCAACUUCAAGUUCGUCAGUUGCUGCGCGUCCGGUACGAGCUCCGGUCCACCGGAGAGUGACGAAAGUAAGUGGAACCAUUAUAACGAGUUCGUGUUCCAACGCCUAUAGACAUGUACAAAUCGCAUCACACUUGCAACAUUCCAUAUUAUGCACGAAACUGAGUGUUAUCCUAUUAUGAACACCUAAAAGAGCACCGGGAUAUUCCCCUUGCACAAACAGUAAACUUACUUAUCCUUCGAGCUGCAGUAGAUUCUUAUGUCGGCAACCAUAAGCGAUAUAACUUAAUCCGUGAAAACACUGGCAAGAUUGCCACCGAAUGUAGAACCUCAUUCGAUGUUGACAUCAUGUAGGGACCGCCUCUUCUAAUUGCCUGCGGGGACAACCGGAUGAAUUUCCAUCAGCUUUUCUCCCCAUUCCCAAGCGACGAUGUUAUCUGACAACCGUGAAUAGAAACGGUUGCGUGGUCUUUCUCCUGGCAGAACUCGGCGGAUUCUUUCUGGCCUGCACGCCAACCCUUCAUCUCACGGUGCAGCUUGAUCACGCGGGACUGCACUGGAGCCCGAGCGACACAAACGCUCAUCCGUCUCGACGAUUUUUAAUCAAGCCGUGGAGCGUCGAAAUCGAGGAGCCUCCGCUUGAUGUGUUUUAAUAAUAGCUCCCCCCGUGCCGAUGAUGAUAUUUGAAGCCGCCAUAGUAUAGCUGCUGUGAACUCGCUCAAUCUACUCGCUUGGUUCCGGCAAUCAUCGUUUGGAUGACGUGAUAGAAUAUAACAGUCAGCACUCCCCUUGUCAAUAAAUUAUUGCCGUCUUUUUUUCUCCAUCCAAGUUGUAAAUCGUGAAAACAUCAUCUAGCCAGAGCGUCGUAGUGUCAUGUCAUGUGAGCACUUUCAUUUUUACAAACCGUAUAUCCUGGUCUAGCUCCCAGAAGUCUUCAUGCAGCAUCAUGUGUGUUUUAUAGUAUCCAGACAGCGAGUACCAGCCUAGAUGUGUUUGGCUUGUUUGCAUGCCCCUUAGGGUUUUACCAAAACGAAACACACGAGAAAGCACCAAGCCCGACCAACAGUACAUUUUCUGCACCUACCUAUUACCCAUCCACGGAGUCAAGGCGAUAGCAUCUGAUGCAUCACUGCGUUGUUAGUGAAGUACAUGUAAACGCAAGUAAUGUAACUCACGGACACACCAUGAAAGCAUUAGGUAACAUGAAUGUUCCAGAAAGUACAUUAUUUAUAUCACUCUGAUACCCAGGAGAGUAGUAGUGAAUUAUGCAUCAUAAUAUAUUACAGCCUAAUGGCCAUGAUAAUGGUGUUUCCUUGAUAAGUAUACCUAAAUCGCAGGGGCUUGUAUAACUUUACAAUAGAAGAUAAGACGAAGCAAAUUGGUAAAACUUUUUCAUAACGAUCCGCUUUUAGGCUAUGUGAUAUCACAUCGUCUUUGGUUGGUACAUUUCGAAGUCAGUGGGAAAACGGAAAACGCUAGAUUGUCUUAGUGUAUUGUUGAUCAGCCAACUGGAUUUAAAUGAUUAUAUAGGAUGGCCCCCAAAAAAACACAGAACGGCGUACAGUUCCGGUACCCUGAGGCUAAAAAAACCCAUACCAAUGCAUGGGGAAUUCUGUUAAAAGAAAAUUGAUACCAAAAUCGCCUGACUCAGUCCAGCAGUUUUUGUUCUAGAGCCAAUUUGGUGAAACAAAGUCGGUAGUCAUUUUGUCCCGCUGAAUUACCAUUGGAAACAGGUAUUAAUUGUUAUGUGAUAAUACCCACAUGAUCAGUUGUAUAGUAUGAGCUCUGCAGCAAAAACUACUGGACGUACCGAAUUGGGAGAUCUUGGUAUCAUAUUUCCUCUAAAAGCGUCUCCAUCCAUUGGUACAGGUGGUUUGAGUCUCAAUGUAGUGGAAGUAUGCCGUUCCGGUUUCUUUGGGGGCCAGCCUGUAUUAAAAAAUAACUUAAUAACCGUAAUUUUAUAUGUCCUUGUGCCUAUGAUGCCACGAAUAUUAAAGUGGGUUUGGUGUAGUGUUAAAAAUUAUGAGAACGAUCCCUCCUUUCCUAUGACAUUUGAAAUGUCAUUUAAGUUAUGCAUUUCUCGCAUACGUCCGAUAGGUAUUUGCCCAAAUUGCCCUUGAAGCUAAAAUCCCUCCCCACCCCUCCAAAAAAAUAAUAAUAAUAAAGUAAAUAAAAUAAAAUAAAAUAUGUCGGGUUUGUUCCCUGGC